AUGGAUUUGCAUAGAUUACGAGUUGUGGAAUUUAAUACGUUGGUAAGUGAAAAAGAAGGCAGGAAGAAGUACACUGCAGAACUUGAAGAGCAUAAGAAAAAACAUAAAAGUAGUUUCGAUGAUAAGAAGUAUGGAACAAUUCAACCUGAAAAUGAUAGUAAAUGUAUGGAAGAUAAAAACAGGGCUCAGAGAAUACCUCAGAAAAUUGUAGGUGACGGCGUAAACAUAAAACAUCUGAUUGAUAAAAUAGGACCACCUGGGACAUCAAAACAAUGUCUAGCUGAAGACCAAGCUUCUAGGACACCAACGUCUAGAAUUUCAAGUUUUAUCAAACAUAAAUCAAAAAGUGAAAUCUUCAGUAUUCCUUCCAGAUGUUCUGAAAAGGCAGUGCCCAGAGAAGGACACGGGCGACAGCAAUGGUUUCAUCAAGGUGGAGAAGAGGAAGAAAAGGAAAAAGCUUCCUUGUCGGAACCAGUGCAGUACUGCAUUGGCAGGACCCAACAUGUUAUUGCGUCCAGCCGUACCGAAAAUGCCGUCGUGCGUAGUGCGCGUUCCAAAACAUCACCUCGAGAAGUGCCUCAAAAACGAGUUUUGGCCGAAAGAUGUUACUUACCGCCGGUUUCGUGGCCAGCUACGUGA